AUGGCUGAGAUGCCGGCAUCACCGGCUCCUCCCGAACUUCAACCGCCAGAUCCAAAUCCUACAUCCCAUUUCAGCUUCCCACCACUCCAAUCGCUCGGCAGAGUGCCCCAAGAGGUUUUGAAAAGUCCAACUCCUGCUAACCCCCAAACCGCCAAUAACCCCUUUUCCUAUAAAAGAGUGCUCGAGCAAGGAUCUUCUGCACCACACCCGAUGGAUUCAGAAGAUACAACGCUAGGGGAAGAUGCCGUAAUCGUUGGCCGCCGAGGGACCAAAAAAGCUCUUGACAUUUCCGACUCCUUCCGACAACACAUCAACUCCCCAUGGACACAAACUGUCGUUGUCAAUCUAUUGGGCCGUGGAAUAGGAUAUGUCCAUCUCUGUUCCAGUCUCAAAUACCUAUGGAAGCCGAACGGAACGAUGAAAGUGGUGGAUUUGGAGCAAGGAUACUUCAUGGUGAAAUUCUCAGUCGAAUCGCGCCCUUACCGGAGGCCCUUGGACCAUCUCGGGACACUACUAAUUAGUGGUAAGGAAAUGGACCUCCUCCUUCCGCAUCACUGA